AUGCAGCCUGAGGGCGAAUUCCGCUGUUUCGUGGUCAAGAAAAAAAUGGUGGCCAUCUCUCAACGAAUUCAUGAUGUCCACUUCCCCACGGUGAUCCAAAAUACGAAUGUAAUCAAGCAAGACUUUGUCAAAUUUUUCACCAAGCAUAUCCGAAAUCAGUUCCCGUUGGACAGCUACACAAUCGAUCUUUAUCGCGAGCCUUCUUCCCAUAACUUUNUAACUUUGAUUGAUUUCAACGUUUUUGGACCACCCACCGAGGCACUUCUGUUCUCGUGGGAUGAGCUAGAAAAUCUGGAUGCCAAUGCUGAAGACUCGUUACCUGUGUUCAAAUGCCAACACGAUCGUUCAGUUCGUCCGAGUGCGUUUAAACAGUAUCAGGUUCCGAUUGAUUUCGUGGAAAUUUUAUCUGGAUCGGAUCCAGGGAAGCUGAUGGAUCUUGUGGAAGCGGUAUGUCAUGUUUAA